AUGAAUGGAGAGCUUCAUUCACCUAACUACGACAACUCCACCAUCACCAUCUUCUUCCACUUUCCGUCGACAUUUUACGGUCCUCCGCGCAACUGGGUUUCACGUUCCAUUUUCUUUGGCUUUUGCUCCCUCUCUAAACAGGAUCUCUUUAUGGCCAGCACGGACACGACGUCUGUCACCAUAGAAUGGGCCUUGGCGGAGCUGCUAAACAACCCGGCGGCCGUCCUGAAGGAUGCAAGGCGAGAGAUCGACUCGGUGGUCGGGGUAUCCAGGUUGGUGGAAGAGUCCGACAUUCCAAGCGUGAUCUUUCUCCCGUCGAUCGUCAAAGAGACCCUCAGGCUCCACCCUGCCGUUCAGGGGCUACGACAUGCGCCGGGAACGUGGAUCGAGAUCAAUGUUGGUAGAUUGGCAGAGACCCGACCCACUGGGAGAACCCGCUGGAGUUCCGGCCGGAGAGGUUCACGGCCAAAGGGCGGAGCUUCGGUGUUGACGUCAAGGGGAAGCACUACCAUUUCUUGCCCUUUGGCAGCGGCAGGAGGAGGUGCCCCGGUAUAUCCCUGGCGAACGUGAUACACUGCUUCGACCUGAGUGUCGAGGGCGGGGCGGUGGACAUGACGGAGGGACAUGGGGGGUCAUUGCAUAGGGCUCACCCGAUGGUUUGUACACCCAAGGUCCGGAUAACUCUCCUCCUUUCAACACCGGUCAUCAGCACCAGCACCGGGGACGAGGCUUCCUUUUAAUAUGAUCGUCACUGAGUGUUGAAUCUGGAUAUCCGGUCAACUACGUCCGGUUGACAUAAAAGGGAUCGGUCCAAAGUCGAGAAUAACGGCGUUCUAUUAUCUCAUAUAAAUUCGAGUGCUAGGCUAUACUUAUUACCUAUGUAACGUAUGUGAUUUUCUUGUUCUGAAAGCAACUCUAUCACAUUUAUGAGUGACAUUGUGACUCCUGAAGGAAGUAUUGUAUCACAUGCCGACGUCCUGAGUUUGUGGAUGAUCUUCAAGGGUUGAUAUCGCUAUCUUUGUUUUUUUCUGGUUUACACGUCAAGAUCAUUGCCUUAACGAGAAAUAACAUGUUAACGUUCAGGCAGGCAGGCAGGCAGGCAGGCAGGCAGGCUUUUACACUUAAACCUAUGAGAUUCUAACUUGAUUGUUUAACGUUCAAGUCCUUCUAUCUCAACGUGGGUUUAAUGGAUGAAUUUAUUUGUUGACUUAGUAUCACAGUUACCUUAUAGAUCUUGUUACCUUUCCAGGCCAUCUGGGCUGUUCCUCCCCAAUUUUAAUAGUCUGAGUUCUCAUAGUCUGCCUUAGACCUUUCAGGUCUGACUUCUUACCCAAUACAGAGCACCUCCUAGGUCAAAUAGCUUCAUAACCCCUUUAACUUUUUUGUAGAACCUGAAAUUUUCCAUUUUCUUACAAAACUUUGCAACUGUGAGAAAGAAUAUACAAAUACAUGCUCUGUUGGUAUAUCCUAAUCUAAGUGAUGAUAAUCUUUCAACACUGUAAUGGUUAGUGAUUGUCAGAGAAGGCGCCGGCAAUAGCAAGAGAGCCAUUAGGUAGGGAGAGAGGAGCCAUUAGGUAAAGGCCAAAUUUUGUGAUAGAUUAAUUUGUGAAUGGAUAUAGAGUUUUCUAACAGUAGAGUCAUAGCCGAAACUGGAUACAACUCACUAGUGAAUAGAAAAGAUGUAAUUAUAAAAAUAAAAAAUAGUAUAUACAUAAAAAAAGAAAAGUUAUGGUAUAAUUAUAAUCUCUCAUUUUCUGACAUUCCCCCUCAAGAUGGUGAAUAGAUGUUGUCCAAUCUUAGAUUGGGUGUGAGCUUCUGACGUUCUAGUUCACCUAAUCCUUUCAUAAGAAUAUCUAUCAGUUGUUCAAAAGCUUGAGAUAUAUGGUGUGCAAAUGAUGUCACUAUCGAGUUUUUCCUCGAUGAAGUUUCAAUCAAUCUCAAUAUUCUUAGUUCUACAACCUAAUCAACCCUGUCAUUUAAUUCUAAGGUCCUCUAAGAUUCCUUUUACCCACACACACACACACACAUAGAGAGAGAGAGAGAGAGAGAGAGAGAGAGAGAGAGAGAGAGAGAGAGAUGUUGGUUGGUCACAUAAGUAG